CGUGGGAACGCAGUUGGUCAACCUGAAAGGCUAAGCCUGAAACCCUACCUCAGCUUCGCAUUCAUUCGCAUCUUCUCAAUCACUUUCUCCCAUUCCAAUCCCCAAAUCCCAAUUUCAAUUCCCAACCCUAACCCUAGUUCCUAUGAAAUUCGUCACGCAGAACCCAUCUCCGCUUUCGGGAUCAAGCUCGAUUCUCUAGCCUUACACAAAAGAGGGGGGAAACUCAUCUUUCUCUUCUAUUGCGGGGAUUAAGUUUUUCUCUUCGUUCUUAUUCAUGGAGGGCUCUGCGGAGGAUCUGGGAGCCCCGGAGUCAUGGGAGGUGGCCGAUUUGGACGAAUCCAUGAACCGUUUGAAGCUCUCUCUUUCCCGCAACAAACCUAACCUCGAACCCGGUGCUGAUGAUGACGAUGCUCCUCCACCGCCGCAACAACCACCUCCUCCACCUUCUUACUCCUCUGCUGCGUCUUCGUGUUAUUCUUCGGGAUCCGAGAGGGUCUCCGAUGACGUCAUCAACCAAGUCGAUCAGUUCCUCCGUGAAGCCAUUCAGAACCCUCGCGAACGCCUUUCGAUUUUGCGUAUGGAGCAAGAUGUUGAGAAGUUUAUUCGUGAUCCUAAUCAGCAGCAGCUUGAAUUCCAGCAGCUCCCGACAUCCUACUUACGGUUGGCUGCACACCGGGUGGCUCAGCAUUACUCGUUACAGUCAAUGGUUUUAAUGGAUAAUAGCCUACCUGAUGGUUCGGGGUCAAGAAUUAUUGUUCGCAAAACUUCUGAAUGUAAGCUUCCUGCUAUUCGCCUUGCAGAUAUCCCAGUAAAGUUAUCAUCAGAAAACAAUGCUGUUAUGAAUGUGAAGGUUGCAAUUAAACAGAGACCACAGAAGCGGACUCAGGUUCUUAGCAAUGCAAACUCAAACUCAGCAAAGAAUAAUAGCUCUAAAAGUGUGGAAGAGAGAAAAGAGGAGUAUAAUAGGGCUCGUGCUAGGAUAUUUAGUUCAAGUAAUAAUGGCGGUGGUACUGUAGUUGGGAAGCCAGAAUGUGAACCAAAGCAGGAGGAUAACUCAAUGAAAGGUUCCUUGGUAGUUCAACGGGUGGAAGAUAAGUCUUCUUCUGUAGCUGAUGUAAGUUCCAGUAGAGGCCCGGUAGAGUCUUCAACUAAUACUAGUAGGGCUAGAAGUAGGACAGAGAAAGAGGCAGUUGGUAGGUACCGGCAAAGUAAUAAUAGGGUGGCUAUAUUUCGGGACCGUGAGAUUGACCGCAAGGAUCCUGAUUAUGACAGGAGCUAUGAUAGGUACAUGCAAAGGUUUGAUCCUGGCUUUGGGUUCAAUGGUGGGUCAUACCCGAUCCAGCCUAUGUAUACACCAGUAGUAAAUUACAACACCGAGUUUCCACAGCUAGGAUCCACCCAUGGACCCCAGCUUUCUACUGAACACCAACCACGACCUCUUCCGCAGCAUAUACCUGGGCCAUGGGCAGCACAAUCAACACCUGCUGGAAUUGGAUAUGGACAUCCAGAGACCAUGAUGUCACCAUUUAAUCCUAGCCAAGUUGGUGCACAUCCCUCAUCAACCAUGUAUCUGCAUUCAUCUCAGUAUCCCUGUCAGCGCCCUGGAAUGCCCUUUCUCCAUCAUGAACAUGUUCACCAACCCUUUGCACAGUCUCAUCAACCUCCGCCUGAUGCAAGUUUUGGAUUGGCCCGGCCCCGGUGAGGGGCAUGGGCCUUGCCUGCAUCCAAUCAGCUCGAGAUAUAUGAUGAAAGAUGACGGGCUGCUGCAGCAGCUCCAAUUAUCUUUUAGCUGAUUGGAAUGCAGGCAUGUUGACCGAGUUGGGAUGGGUGGAAUGCUCUGGUAUUUCAGACAGGUUAACAUUGAUCCAUUCCUCCAAUCUCGGUCUACUAAGGAUGCUUUGCACAUCUUCCAUGACCUGUCCCAUUUGUGGAUGUAUGGCAUUUUUUGAGGAGCUGUUGGGGCACACAUGCUGCCGAUCACGAAGAAGAGCAAAUUGAGGUGUUUCUCGGCUGAAGAAGUUUGUGCUUCUCCAGACUGAAGCUCCCUAUUUAGCUAAAGGCUAGCAGAGAAAGAUGUCGACCGGUUAGUUGCCGACGGAUUGCAGGAACGUCUGAUGCUGAUGCGAUCUAACUGGGUGGUUUUCACGCUCUGCUCACUAUGAUGGAUUAUUCAUGAUUUCUUGUAUUAUAAAAUGAUUAACUUCUGUGGAUAUAUACCUGAUUGUAUAUUUACUUCGGUUCUAAUAUUGCUUUAUAUACAAUCCGAUAUUAUCCAUUUAUUAGUAAA